AUGGUAGGGCGGGCCCGGGCGCUGGGGAAGAUCACACGUCUGAACUCUUUUAUGUCAUUUAGACGAAAGAUCUUUGUUGUUGUGUAUUGUGAUUGCGGAAUCGGUAGUGAUGAAGGUCCUCUGAUCUUAUCCGUGGUGGCGGCGGCUGCCAGUCAGUACUACGGAAGCGUGGACUACAGCCAGGGCGGAAGCGACUACCACUUCUCCUGGCGCCACGACGGAGGCCGGAAGUACCAGUGGCAACACGCCAUUCAGUACUGCUCUUCCCUCGGCCACGGCUGGAAUGGAAUCAGUAUCGAGACUCACGAGGAAGAUGGAUUCGUGAGAAACAUCAUCAUUGGAGACCGACUGGAAUAUUGGACAGGAGGUUAUCGCAGCGGUAAACUUCGCUUGGCCUCCAGAGCUCGGUUCGUCGGCCUGAACUGGUCUCACAACGGAGCCACUGGCCACCCGCAACCAGACAACCGCGAGGAGGGGGGCGAGAACUGCCUGGCUGUCCUCAACAACUUCUACGACGACGGCGUCAAGUGGCACGAUGUCGGGUGCCACCACGAGAAGCCCAUCAUCUGUGAACGCCAAGGACGCGUCUACGGGUAAAGGAAGAGGAUCGAACACUUUCCUCUUU